AUGACAAGUCGAAGGUACAGAUAUUUUGAGAUCAUCCAGUUGGCACAGAGGCUAGUAUCGUCGCAAAUGAGAUCAGUUUGUAUAUGUGGAAUCAUUUUUCGUGGGCUGCUGAAAGUUUCAAGCAUGUAGCUCCUCGAUACCGUGAUGCUCUAGUCUCUCACAUCAAGGAUAAUAUUGACUUCGAGGAUUGCACCGAUGAAGAAGUGACGGCAUGUAUUCUCAAAAUGGCUGCAAAUAGAUACAGAGAUCGGCGAUGUAGGCUUCAUAGAUACUGUAAUGAGCUACAGGCGAAGGGGAUUGAUCCUGUGAUCCAGCCAUACAGAAAUUGGGCUGGGUCUAGUGACGAUUGGCGGUGGUUAUGUGAGCAUUUUGGAAGUGAGGCAUUUCAGGUGAAUAGGAGUAAGAUUGAUUCUAUUCACAUGCAAGGAAGUGCCUCUUUUGCACAGGGAAUGAAGAGGAUGAAAAAAAUGUUAGAAUUGAGAGGGCAGGCGAUGAGGGAGGUUGGAUCUGACGAUGAUACUGGAUCACAGCAGGUUUGUUUGAUGACAGAUGAUACAAUUUUGGAUACCGUCCUCGAGCGGCAACUAGGAUCUGGUCAUAGCAUGCGGUCCAAAAAAUUACGCAGUUCGUCAUCCAACCGGUCUGAUGAUGUAUCAGUGCCAGAGGCAGUUAGGACAUCCAUGAGUAUGAUGUAA